AUGAUACAGGAUCUAUCCUUGUCUCGCUUAAGGCAGAUUAUGAAAUCACAUUUUAAGCAAAGUCAGCAACGGAACUGUAUCAGGAACUAUCUAUCUUACACCAGGAAGCAAAUGAAUCUCCCCAAGAUUUUCUUGUGCGGGCCUUAAACUUAAAACAGCAGAUUAUUUUUGUGUCAAAUGCCGCUGAUGGUUCCAUCAAGUAUGAGCUCUCUCUUGUCCAAGCAUUGUUCCUCCAUGUAGUAGAAACAGGGUUACAAGAUGAAUCAGUUAGAGCUAAAUUGCGCCCUUUACUGGAAGUAGCUUUUGUAACUGAUGAACAACUUAUGGAAAGGGUUCACCGGAUUAUGUCGGCAGAGGCAGAACACCAGAAUAAGACGGGUGUGGCUGGCAGGAAAGGGGCAAGGGUUAACCAGGUUGAAACUGCUUCGUCUCCAAGUAACCAAACCCAGCUAAAUUCAAGUCCAGCACCCCAGGGUGAGAGUAGUAAGUCCCAGAAAAAGGAGCCAAAACCAAAUGCUCUGGUGACAGCAUUUGAAGCACUGCAGUCAAAUCUUGCCUCCCUGAAAGAAGCCUUUGACAGAGUCAGUGCGCCAGUGGAGAGGAAUCCUACUCUACAUUAUGUAUCUGGUAACCGGUCACAGUUUCAGUGGUGUCAGUGUAGUUCAUGUAGCGCAGCAGGUGUAGACAACUGAGAUCAUUGCUUCAAAUGUGGCUCAACAGAUCAUUUUGCACGAGGAUGUAGAAGGGUGUCAGGAAACGGGAGAAGGUUGCAUCAGCGGGACAGGGUGUAGUUGGAGCGAACUUGUCCCACCAUGUCUGA